AUGGAAACACCUAGUCGUGCGACAAACAUUGAAAAUGUUGUUGCGCGACAGUUGUCGCACGACUGUCGAGCGACUAUAUGGAAACCAACCUUAACAUUAACAUGCACGUACUGUAACGAUGGAGAAAUUAAAAAAAUUUCAGAUGAAAUAGUUGACACUGAAGAUGCUCAGGAAGUUUUAACAGGUAUUAAUGAAAAAAAUAUAAUUUAUACAAAUACCCCUAUAUGUAGUGACCAAGGAAAAUAUUUAAAUCAGAACAUUUCUGAUGAAACCAAAAGAUUACUGAUAAGCAUUCCUGGUCACAGACCUAAAGGACCAUUUCCCAAAGGUCCUAGUCAACAGAACAGACGUUUCAGUGAAACUUACUAUUAUUCUACAUCAAACUAUGGCCCAGUUCCACGAUUAUGGAUUUGUUAUUCAAGUAUGUUGGACGCAGUAUACUGUCAACUUUGUUGGCAUUUUUCAAGCAUCAAAAGUCAAUGGCAAUCGGGGAUAAAGGAUUGGAAAAAUUUAUCACAAAAGAUAAAAAUGCACAGUUUAUCCCAACAUCUUAUUGAAGCCUGUGCGGUGCUCGAAUUAUGGAAGAAAAAUAAAACCAUCGAUAAAAAAGCUUCAAUCCGAUACUUAAGUCCGACUACACAGAAUGAACUAAUACAUUGCCUGGGAAAAAAGUUAUUGAAUGACUUGAUUGCAAAUAUUAAUUCAUCACCAUUUUAUGCCCUAAUGUUAGACACAACACAAGACAUUACCAAGAGAGACCAAUUAAGUGUUAUAAUACGGCAUGUUCACAUUGUUAGAAAUGUAAAUCAAGAACCAACUCAUUUUAAAAUUAAGGAAACAUUUUUAGGAUUUUAUGAAUUGAAGGACCAUUCAGCAGAGGGAAUGACUAAUCAAGUAUUGACGUUAUUGAAAGAAGCACAUAUUCCAAUUGAAAAGUGUUAUGGGCAGGGUUACGAUGGUGCUAACGUUAUGAGUGGAGUUUACAGUGGUGUACAAACCAGGAUUAAACAAAUCCAACCAAAUGCUGAGUAUGUACACUGUAACAGUAUUAAUUUAAAUUUGGUAAUUAAUGACUGCGUAAAUGGUUGGCAUGAUAUCUUAUCGUUUUAUGCUACUCUUCAAAGUAUUUAUUUAUUUUUUGGAAAUAGCAUAAAAAGAUGGGACCUCCUCUCUAUAUUUACUGGGGAGUCUGAAGUUACAUUGAAAAAACUAAAUCCAACUCGAUGGUCUGGUAGACUACAAUCAUUAACAGCUGUAAAAGUUCGAUUUAUGGAUAUUUUAAAGGCUUUGACUGAAAUAAUCCCUAAUUCGACCAAAAAAAAAGAAAGAGAAGAAGCACUUCAAAGAAAGAAAAAAAUGGGGACAUUCGAUUUUGUUUUUAUCUGUGUUUUUUUAUUUAAGGUAAUGUGCGAGGUUAAUUAUGCUUCAAAAACUUUACAAAAACAAGAAAUAGACUUGGAGGAAACUACUGAAGUUUUAAAACACGUUCGUGAAAAGUUAAAUUACAUUAGAAAUUCAUAUGAACAAAUCAAGUUAGAAGCAGAAGAACUGGCACGAAAGUGGGACAUCGAAACUAAUUUUCAAUCAAAAAGGCAACCAGUGAAAAAGCGACAUUUUGAUGAAUUGGCUUCAGAUCAUCGGUUUCAGAACAGAGAGCAAUUGUUUAAAAUGAAUGUUUUUUAUUUUGUAUUGGACAAAAUCAGCGUACAAAUUGAACAACGUUUUUUGGGAAUGCAAACCGUGAAAAACCUUUUUUGCUUCUUAGAACCUAAAAACAUAAUAAAUUUGCCUGAUACAGAUAUCUUAGAAAUGUGUGAAAAUGUUUCCAAAAAAUAUUCGAAAGUUAUCUCUCCUCAUUUUGGUAAUCAAUUUCUGCAAGCAGUUUCAUUGUUGAAAACAGACUUAACUUUAAAAAUGUCGAUUAAGCAAUUUUCAGAUUUACUCCUUACUAAGUACAGUUGCUUAGAAAGUGAGUUUUCAGAAAUAUAUACAGUUCUAAUGUUGUUCUUUACCCUACUAGUAACUGUGGCUAGCGUUGAAAGAUCUUUUAGCAAAUUAAAAAUAAUAAAGGACUAUAAAAGAAAUUCUAUUGGUCAGAGUAGGUUAAAAGAACUAGCGUUACUAGCUAUUGAACACAAAGAAGCAGCACAAAUGGAACUUAAAGAAUUAAUAUGCAGUUUUGCAAAUGCAAAAGCUAGAAGGACAAAUUUUAAAUAA